AUGACGCCUGGCGGCCCAGCAAUGCGGAACCCGCAGCGGUUUCACCUCGACCUGACUCUCUCCCACUGCCACCUCCACCUCGCCGUCAUACCCCACAUGCUCGAGUGCACGCCGCAGGCUCAGGCGUCGCACGCAGAGCUCCCCACCGCCGUCCCGUUCCCGUUCCUGCUCCUGCUCCUGUUCCUGUUCCUGUUCCUGUCCCUGUCGCUGUCCCUGUCCCUGUCGCUGUCCCUGUCCCUGUCGCUGUCCCUGUCCGGCUCGUCGCAGUAG